UCUGUCUGUCUGUGCCAUGUCUGUCUGUCUGUCUGUGCCAUGUCUGUCUGUCUGUCUGUGCCAUGUCUGUCUGUCUGUCUGUGCCAUGUCUGUCUGUGCCAUGUCUGUGCCAUGUCUGUCUGUGCCAUGUCUGUCUGUCUGUCUGUGCCAUGUCUGUCUGUCUGUCUGUGCCAUGUCUGUCUGUCUGUCUGUGCCAUGUCUGUCUGUCUGUCUGUGCCAUGUCUGUCUGUCUGUCUGUGCCAUGUCUGUCUGUCUGUCUGUGCCAUGUCUGUCUGUCUGUCUGUGCCAUGUCUGUCUGUCUGUCUGUGCCAUGUCUGUCUGUCUGUCUGUGCCAUGUCUGUCUGUCUGUCUGUGCCAUGUCUGUCUGUCUGUCUGUGCCAUGUCUGUCUGUCUGUCUGUGCCAUGUCUGUCUGUCUGUCUGUGCCAUGUCUGUCUGUCUGUCUGUGCCAUGUCUGUCUGUCUGUCUGUGCCAUGUCUGUCUGUCUGUCUGUGCCAUGUCUGUCUGUCUGUCUGUGCCAUGUCUGUCUGUCUGUCUGUGCCAUGUCUGUCUGUCUGUCUGUGCCAUGUCUGUCUGUCUGUCUGUGCCAUGUCUGUCUGUCUGUCUGUGCCAUGUCUGUCUGUCUGUCUGUGCCAUGUCUGUCUGUCUGUGCCAUGUCUGUCUGUCUGUGCCAUGUCUGUCUGUCUGUGCCAUGUCUGUCUGUCUGUGCCAUGUCUGUCUGUCUGUGCCAUGUCUGUCUGUGCCAUGUCUGUCUGUGCCAUGUCUGUCUGUGCCAUGUCUGUGCCAUGUCUGUCUGUCUGUCUGUGCCAUGUCUGUCUGUCUGUCUGUGCCAUGUCUGUCUGUCUGUCUGUGCCAUGUCUGUCUGUCUGUCUGUGCCAUGUCUGUCUGUCUGUCUGUGCCAUGUCUGUCUGUCUGUCUGUGCCAUGUCUGUCUGUCUGUCUGUGCCAUGUCUGUCUGUCUGUCUGUGCCAUGUCUGUCUGUCUGUCUGUGCCAUGUCUGUCUGUCUGUCUGUGCCAUGUCUGUCUGUCUGUCUGUGCCAUGUCUGUCUGUCUGUCUGUGCCAUGUCUGUCUGUCUGUCUGUGCCAUGUCUGUCUGUCUGUCUGUGCCAUGUCUGUCUGUCUGUCUGUGCCAUGUCUGUCUGUCUGUCUGUGCCAUGUCUGUCUGUCUGUCUGUGCCAUGUCUGUCUGUCUGUCUGUGCCAUGUCUGUCUGUCUGUCUGUUCCAUGUCUGUCUGUCUGUCUGUUCCAUGUCUGUCUGUCUGUCUGUUCCAUGUCUGUCUGUCUGUCUGUUCCAUGUCUGUCUGUCUGUCUGUUCCAUGUCUGUCUGUGCCUUCCAUGUAUGUCUGUGCCUUCCAUGUCUGUCUGUCUGUCUGUCUGUGCCAUGUCUGUCUGUCUGUCUGUCUGUGCCAUGUCUGUCUGUCUGUCUGUGCCAUGUCUGUCUGUCUGUCUGUGCCAUGUCUGUCUGUCUGUCUGUGCCAUGUCUGUCUGUCUGUCUGUGCCAUGUCUGUCUGUUCCAUGUCUGUCUGUCUGUCUGUUCCAUGUCUGUCUGUCUGUCUGUUCCAUGUCUGUCUGUCUGUCUGUUCCAUGUCUGUCUGUCUGUCUGUUCCAUGUCUGUCUGUGCCUUCCAUGUAUGUCUGUGCCUUCCAUGUCUGUCUGUCUGUCUGUCUGUGCCAUGUCUGUCUGUCUGUCUGUCUGUGCCAUGUCUGUCUGUCUGUCUGUCUGUCUGUGCCAUGUCUGUCUGUCUGUCUGUCUGUCUGUGCCAUGUCUGUCUGUCUGUCUGUCUGUGCCAUGUCUGUCUGUCUGUCUGUCUGUGCCAUGUCUGUCUGUCUGUCUGUCUGUGCCAUGUCUGUCUGUCUGUGCCCUGUCUGUCUGUCUGUGCCAUGUCUGUCUGUCUGUCUGUGCCAUGUCUGUCUGUCUGUCUGUCUGCCCUGUCUGUCUGUGCCUUCCAUGUAUGUCUGUGCCUUCCAUGUCUGUCUGUCUGUCUGUGCCUUCCAUGUCUGUCUGUCUGUCUGUUCCAUGUCUGUCUGUCUGCCCUGUCUGUCUGUGCCUUCCAUGUAUGUCUGUGCCUUCCAUGUCUGUCUGUCUGUCUGUGCCAUGUCUGUCUGUCUGUCUGUCUGUGCCAUGUCUGUCUGUCUGUCUGUCUGUCUGUGCCAUGUCUGUCUGUCUGUCUGUGCCAUGUCUGUCUGUCUGUCUGUGCCAUGUCUGUCUGUCUGUCUGUCUGUGCCAUGUCUGUCUGUCUGUCUGUCUGUGCCAUGUCUGUCUGUCUGUCUGUGCCAUGUCUGUCUGUCUGUCUGUCUGUCUGUGCCAUGUCUGUCUGUCUGUCUGUGCCAUGUCUGUCUGUCUGUCUGUUCCAUGUCUGUCUGUCUGUCUGUUCCAUGUCUGUCUGUCUGUCUGUCUGCCCUGUCUGUCUGUGCCUUCCAUGUAUGUCUGUGCCUUCCAUGUCUGUCUGUCUGUCUGUGCCUUCCAUGUCUGUCUGUCUGUCUGUCUGUCUGUGCCUUCCAUGUCUGUCUGUCUGUCUGUCUGUCUGUGCCUUCCAUGUCUGUCUGUCUGUCUGUCUGUCUGUGCCUUCCAUGUCUGUCUGUCUGUGCCUUCCAUGUCUGUCUGUCUGUCUGUCUGUCUGUCUGUCUGUGCCUUCCAUGUCUGUCUGUCUGUCUGUCUGUGCCUUCCAUGUCUGUCUGUCUGUCUGUCUGUCUGUCUGUGCCUUCCAUGUCUGUCUGUCUGUCUGUCUGUCUGUGCCUUCCAUGUCUGUCUGUCUGUCUGUGCCUUCCAUGUCUGUCUGUCUGUCUGUGCCUUCCAUGUCUGUCUGUCUGUCUGUGCCUUCCAUGUCUGUCUGUGCCUUCCAUGUCUGUCUGUGCCUUCCAUGUCUGUCUGUCUGUCUGUGCCUGCCAUGUCUGUGCCGUCGGUGCCUGCCAUGUCUGUGCCGUCGGUGCCUGCCAUGUCUGUGCCGUCGGUGCCUGCCCUGUCUGUCUGUCUGUGCCAUGUCUGUCUGUGCCUUCCAUGUCUGUCUGUGCCUUCCAUGUCUGUCUGUGCCUUCCAUGUCUGUCUGUGCCUUCCAUGUCUGUCUGUCUGUCUGUGCCUUCCAUGUCUGUCUGUCUGUCUGUCUGUCUGUCUGUCUGUCUGUGCCUUCCAUGUCUGUCUGUCUGUCUGUCUGUGCCUUCCAUGUCUGUCUGUCUCUUCCAUGUCUGUCUCAUGUCUGUCUGUGCCUUCCAUGUCUGUCUCAUGUCUGUCUGUGCCUUCCAUGUCUGUCUCAUGUCUGUCUGUCCUGUCAGUUAGUCUGCCUGUGUGUGUCAGUGACAUUGUCUAAUGCUGCUGCUUCCCUCCUCCCUCUGAGGCCAUGCCGUGGUUCAGGUAACCGGUCUCCACUUGAACCACUGGCUCCCUCUGUUUACCACAAUCCACUGGCAGCAUCAAGGUGAAGGGCAACCCAGCUCUCAGAUAAGAUAUCUAGAUGUUUUGAGACUGUUCAGAUUCCACCUCCUGCUCCACUUUAUCGUAAAAGAAUAGCAGCAAAAUCUAACUGUGAAUUGUUGGAGCUAGGGGUAUUUGUGCUUGCCUUUUUUGAAUGAAAAGAACACAUUAUCCAUGGCUCUAGAAUAUAGAAAGACCUUUGGUUGACUUACAUUACAUCUGAUGCCAAAUUACUGUUCUGUAUAAGCUUACAUUUGGCUUACUAAAAGAAUGAAAUCCACAAACCAUCAGAGGCCCUUUCUUUAGUGCUUUGUUAUUGUAGGGUUCAUAAGGUGUUUUAGCUCAGGGGACAGAUCUUGGAUAGGUACCAACUUAUCAACCAGUCUGUAGAGAGCCGGUUCUGCCCCAGAAGAACUUGACCAUGCCAGUGGAGUCCUGCCUCGGUUCACACAAGUCAAUGUGUUUGUGUCUGCCCUGUUACCCCCAGUUUCAUUCCAUUUAAAGCAAAAGAAAACAAAAUCAACAUGCAUUCGGAUUCUGGUUGUGCUUCCACACACACACACACACACACACACACACACACACACACACACACACACACACACACACACACACACCCCGUUUGUUGGAACACAACCAGUCAGAUUCUAUUGGUGGGAGUUCUGGGUUAGUGUGAGACGCCAGCCCCAGCCCUCCGCUGGCAUGGCCCUGACAGACACACGGACACGUGAGCCUACUGAUUAAUGCCUAUUGUGGGUCAGAGGUAGAGGUCACCUGGGGGUCAGUGGUGUUCGGGUUAGAAGUAAGAAAUCCAGUUAGGACAUCAAAUCAGUCCUCAUUCAGGCCCCUGUGGCUUUGAUGAGCUCCUACCGAUCAUCCAGCAGUUGAAGUAGUUUUUGGCAUAACAGGCUUGAUGACCGUUUACCUCAGGUGCUACAUGCCUUAAUGGUUGACCUCCACCUUUGAUCCCACAUACUUGUUUCACAGACCCUGCUGCUUCAGGCGUACCUUGGAAUGCACUAACGCUAUUCAGUCACCUAAUCUAGUCCCAACGGCUUGUUUUGGUCUGUGGAAAAAGCUUGGUUUGUUGUAGAAUUUGAACUUGACUGAAAAGUUGCUGGGUACAGAUAAAUCAGUUAUAGCCUGGAUUGUGACUUCGCAACAAUUUACAGUUGUCACAGUGUUACGUCACAAUAACUUUACGUUGCCGUGCAGUACUCUUCGUGUAAAUAAAUCCUAGUAAAUAAAUUGUUAAUCGAAAGCGGUUAUAUACACAUUUUUGUACCCAGCAUCUUUUUAAAACACGCUUUGGGUUUAACCAGCCAACAUGGUACUAUAACUAAAUGAAUUAUUAACUAAUGUGCUCUAUUUCCCCAAUUUAAUUAAUUAAUACAGGAUUUCA